AUGAAGUCGAUGAAGAAAAGCCUCAGCAUGGGCAAGAUGCUGGGGAGCAUCAGGCGGAAGACUAGUGGUCUACAACAUGGAGAAGCCAACAACGGAGCCACGAGCGCCACCACCCCCGUCCCUCAGCCAACUCAGGGCACCACGCCAGAGGAAACCGCGCGCAACAAUGUGGAAGCAUUCUGUGAAGCAGGUGGAAACGUGAAGGGCGACGAAAUCCUCUUCCUCCCCCUCAUCGUCGAAGCCGCCGAGUCUUCGCCGUCCGCCGCCGCCGAAUGUGCUCGAGUGAUCCGCAAGUUCCUGGGAAAGGACUACAUCACCCGCCCAUCAUGGCAAUACAACGCGCUCAUGAUCCUCCGCAUUCUGUGCGACAACCCCGGUCCGUCGUUCACGCGGUCAUUCGAUCAGGACUUUGUGGACACGGUCAGGAAGCUGCUGGGAAGCGGCAAGGACAGCAAGGUGCAGAGGAUGCUCAUGGAGAUUCUGGACGACUUUGAGUUUACAAGGAUGGACGAUGGGAACCUGGUGCUUCUCAUCGAGAUGUGGAAGAAGGAGAAAGCAGCAGCCUACACUAGAUUCGGGGCCCCCAGACGACAAGAGAAUAGACGAUCGCACCAGGCAUCCGCCAACUUCCACUCCCAAAACUACUUUGCCCGAAGCCAUAGCAACAAGAGGUUGCCUGACCCAGUCGAGCUGGCUAGCCGGUUAGAGGAGGCCAGGACGUCGGCCAAGUUGUUGGAGCAGGUCGUCAUGAACACACCGCCCGCCGAGAUGCUCCAGAACGAGCUGAUCAGGGAGUUUGCGGACCGGUGUCAGAGCGCCUCGCGGAGCAUACAAGGAUACAUGACUGCAGAGAACCCAACCCCGGACAACGAGACGAUGGAGAGCCUGAUCGACACCAACGAGCAGCUCCAGACAGCGCUCAACCAGCACCGACGCGCUGUUCUCAACGCGAGGAAGCAGCUCGGCCUGAACGAGCGCACACCCGACGAGUUCCCGCCAUUGCAGGGCCAAAGGAACGGGCAGGACAGAGUCCUCCAGUGGACGCAAUCGCAGGCUGAUAUACUCGCCGCCGGGGCGCACGUGCCAGUCACCACGGAAGAGCAACAGCCUGUGAACAAUGGCAAGGGGAAGGAGACGCAACCAUACGGCCUGGGUGGUGACCGUGACCGUGCUCAGGAGGACCCCUUUGCGGACCCCAAGGGCGAGGAGGAGGACGGUCGCGGGCUGCAGUACCCAGAGGAGCCAUUCCAUCCUGGCUUCCGUGCGUCGACCGGCGCUGGCGCAGCCCCAGCGGCUGGCAUCUCCCCCGUGGCGGGUGCGUCCCUGCCGCCGUCCGCCACCGUCCACAAGAGCUCCCUCGACAAUAGCAACACCCUCCUCAAGCCGCAGCCUAGAGACGACAAGGACUCGGAGUCGGACAUUUAUGACGCCGGGCCGAGGACAAAGGAGCCUGAGCAACAGCCCGUGUACAAAUAUUAA